GAGGCGAAGGCAGCGAGCCCACUGUUCCGCGGACCCGAUCUUGGCCGGCGUGCUGGGGAGCUGGCAGGCAGCCGGAUCGGGAGGGACGAUCCUCCUGCGCUUCGCUCGAGUUCCAAUUUGAGUGCACGAUCGAAGCUUCGAUAUGCCAAUUGAGUACGAGGGUCCGCGUUUUCGGCAGUGUGUCUCCCCAGCCAGAGGUUUAGCGCCAAGGAGCACACUUUGACAGUUCACAGAAAGGGAGUGGAGCGAGAUUGUGGAAUACUGAACUGCGGAAGGUACAAUUGAAUUCGUCGUUGAACGGAAUGGUGUUGCGAUGAGGACUGCGGCGGAUCGAUGCGUGAGUCGUGAUUUUUGAAGGAUUCCCUUGGAAGAGCUUUGGUGGGAGGAAGUGGGCCAAUAGAGAACGUACCAUUGUAGCGGGGUUUUAGAGUCCGAGCAUCUUGAGAAAGGAUCAGUUGGAGGCAUUUCCAUGCGAAAAUGUGGGUUCCCCGAGAGCAGGUGAUGCAAACGCGUAAAAUUUUGUUUCAUCUCCUUUAGACAUUCGUGAAGGAUAUUGCUUUUCUACAAGCAGAAGGGAUGAAAUUGAAUUUUGGUGGAGGUGGAGGAGGAGGAGGAUUGGCAGAAUGGCUGCCUACAGUGGCAGCCGUGAGUGCAGCUUUCACAGCCGGAAUGUUGAUCACGCAUUUACCGUCGCCGUUCACCAGAGCGAGGCGCACUGCUGUGGGAAUAAUUCCUGCCCGCUUCUCUUCGUCGCGAUUCGAAGGCAAGCCCCUGGCUUUGAUUCUCGGCAAGCCCAUGAUUCAGAGAACUUGGGAACAAGCGAAACUUGCAACGGAUUUAGAUUAUGUGGUGGUGGCGACUGAUGAUGAAAGAAUUGCUGCGUGCUGCCAAGCGUUUGGGGCGGAGGUUAUUAUGACUUCUGAAAAAUGCGCCAACGGAACAGAACGAUGUUAUGAAGCUCUAACCAAGCUGAAACGGAAAUUUGAUAUUGUGGUUAACAUACAAGGUGAUGAACCGCUCAUCGAUCCGGAGAUUAUCAAUGGUGUCAUCCAGGCUCUUAAGAACUCUCCAGAUGCAAAGUUCAGUACAGCUGUAACGGCGUUGAAACCUGAAUAUGCAUCUGAUCCAAAUCGAGUCAAGUGCAUUGUCGACCGACAUGGUUAUGCUAUUUACUUCUCCAGGGGCAUGCUUCCCUUCAAUAAGAAAUCCAUUGCCAAUCCUGAAUUCCCGUAUCUACUCCAUCUCGGAAUUCAGUGUUACGAUUCAAAGUUUCUGGCUGUAUAUCCUCACAUGCCAACAACUCCCCUCCAAGUAGAAGAGGAUCUGGAGCAGCUUAAAGUGCUAGAAAACGGCUACAGAAUGAAGAUUAUCAAGGUGGAACAUGAUGCUCAUGGGGUAGAUAUUCCUAGUGACAUACAAAGCAUAGAGAACUUGAUGAAGUUAAGACACCUGACAUGAUUUUAUAAAAGUUUUGCAUAAUUUUACAUUCAAGGAUACAUAGGUAGUGUUUCGUAAAUUGAUCAGAAGAGAGUUUCUAGAGAAGCGAUUUGAGGUAUCGAAGACACAUUGUCUUACCUUUUUGUUCUUUACUCUUGAUAAUAUCAAUAGAUUAGAUUACGAGCAGCUGCACAAUAUGUGCUGAGGAUAUCUGUCUGAGAUUCACGACCAUCAACACACUCUGAAUGAUAUUACCUUCUGUUAUGUACCUACUUUUAGGUCAUCUUGGACAUUUGAGCCUGAUUCAG